CGACCGCCUUGAAAGGCGAGCCGAGGCCUGAAGCCAAGGGGGUGUCUGGCCCAAAGGCCCUUACAUCCCCAGAUCCACCCUGGGGUUGCGCCCUGAACUGCGGGGUCCUGGGUCUGCCCCGCAACCCCGCACCUGGCCCCGCCCCUCCGCCGGCGGCCGGCGCUCAGGCAGACAGCGCCGGCGUGCUCUCGGAGCUCGCCAGGAGGCUCCGCACAACGGCCGCCAGGUGCCCGGCGGGCGGAAUGAAGAGCAUCUUCGGCCUCGGCGCGAAGGAGGAAGUCUUCCUCGCCGUGCACGGCGUGAGCGGCUCCGGCGUGGAGAGCUUCGGGCCCUUCGUGCAAGCGUUCGCGCAGGCGGCGAUGGACCGGAGGGGCGGCAGCUCCGCGGGCAUCAUGCUGUCCUGCUGGAGAUCCGAGGCGAGCUGGGGCGGCGGGGAGCCCCCCGCGGACGGCAUCCCCGUCGACGGCAUCCUCGGCGUCCUCGUGGGCGAGCAGAGCCCGCGCCGGCGGAGAGGCCACCCCGAGGCCCACGAGACAGAGGUUACGGUCACCUUCAUCAUGGAGGACAAAGCCAAGAGCAGCUCUGAGCUGGUGCUCACUUUUGCCACCGCUGAGGUCGCCGAGGAGUGGGCGGCCGACCUGUCCGCCCUGGUCCACCACGUCGCGAGGAAACGCCUGAGGUCCUGAGGCCUUCCUCUGCCCUGUAUAGCGGCCCGACAUCGGCGCUGCGGGGGGGUGCAGAGCUUGAGCUCGAGUUACUUGCAAUGAAAGGGGAUCGAGGAGCUUCAUACCGCGAAAGCGGUUUUGGUGACGUGAGUUUUCCAAGCAGCAAUUCGGCUGUUCUUUUGACGUUUGCGCCAUGACCUGCAAUGCCCGCGGGCCAAUGCCUGGGGCGAGCCGUACAUAUGCGUUCUGUUUUGCGCAAUGCUUGCCAAUGCCUGGAAGGCCCUUUGUUUGGCAAUGGUUGCCGCUGCCUGGAGGGCUCUGAAGCGCGGGUGUUGUUUCGUGCUUCCCAACCUCCUGGGAGUCGUAUUUCUCUUUUGUUCCCACUCGCCGCGCGGUGGUCCUUUUCCUCCCUCCCCCUUCGCCUCCCCCUCCCGGAAGUCUUGAGGUCAAGGCUGGCCUGGAAGUCUCCAUGCUGGCGCCUGGCCUGGAGGGACACACUCCCCUUCCUUCUCUUCUCCUCCCGUUCCUGGAGAGGUAGCCCUGUUAUAUACAUUUUUUUACUUCCCCGAGCCAUCAUCAGUCUCGAGGAGGUUUUUUUUCUGCUCAUCUGCGCGCUCGGCGUUGGGAAAGUGUCCACCUUCAUCGAGCAUCCUGACAAGCAAUGCAUGCCUGUCAACACUCGCAUACGGAGGCUAUGCCACCAUCAAGGCACGUGCCGAUCUCAGCAGAGGUCUUUGCAUCAUCUUGGCCAAUAUCGAAACCGACCUUCACAGGGAUUCGGACUUGUCGCGCAUCGCGGCGCCGGAAGCCGUACAAGGAGGCACGUUGCGAAUUCUUUAUCAGGCAGAUUUUGUUGUGGC